GCCAUCACAGCUCCCGGCGCGCAUUCGGCUGCUGCAAUGUUGCAAUGCUUUCUUUCCUUCACUUCUUGCUUCUCAUUGCCCUCGUAGCAUGCGCCUCCGCGAGCUCUGACUACCACGAGCGGCUCCUUCUUCGGCCCCUUCCCCAGUCGACCCUCCUCGCCUCGUUCAAUUUCCGGAGCAUGGAGUCUUCGGUAGCAUUCGCGCAGCAGAACUUCCGCUACUUCCCCCGAUCGUUCGGCCAGAUACUGCAACAUGCGCACACCAAGGAGCUACAUGUACGCUUCAGCGUAGGAAGGUGGGAUGCGGACAACUGGGGACAGCGACCGUGGCAUGGCGCGAGAGAAGGAGGCACUGGUGUCGAACUCUGGGCAUGGAUAGAAGCGCAGAGUGAGGAAGAAGCCUUCUCACGAUGGCUGACUCUGGUCAACUCGCUUUCCGGCCUAUUCUGCGCCUCUCUAAACUUCAUCGAUGCCACGAAGACGAUACGACCCGUCAUGUCAUUUGUCCCGGAGGGUGACCACGCCAACUCAACCAGCCUUCACCUUCUACACGGCACGCUGCCCCACGAAGUCGUCUGCACGGAAAACUUGACACCUUUCUUGAAGCUGCUGCCGUGUAAGGGCAAGGCAGGCAUAUCCAGUUUGCUAGAUGGACACAAGCUGUUCGAUGCAUCUUUCCAGACCAUGGCGAUUGAUGUGCGGCCUGUCUGUGAAGGCGCCGGCGGGAGCUGUGUCCUGGAGAUGGAGCAGACAGUGGACAUGGUUCUAGACAUCGCUCGGUCAAAGCGGCCUCGGGACGACCCCAUUCCACGAGCUCGUCCCAUCGAGGAGAUUGAGUGCGACACCGGCAAAGGGUACAACUCGGGCGACACCUGCUAUCCUUUGGACAAACACGCGGAGCCGGCUUGGAACCUGACUGAGCUCUUCGGGCGGCCUUUGAAGGGCGCGUGUCCUUUGACCGAGGAGACUGGGGACGAUGCGAACACCCUUUGCAUCAACACUCCUCCCGAGCGUACCAUACAGGUCAACACAACCGGGAAGUAUGCGGAAACGAGAUCAGCGUCAGACACCCUCCGAUGCUACAAGCUUCCAAUCGGUGCCGAAUUCGACCUCGUUCUUCCGGAGCAGCAGAUGACGACUGGACUUGUCCGCGCUGAGCCUCAACUUUACGCCGCUCGCUCCAUCAACGGCCACGGGCAGGAGCGUGGAAGCGUGCAGGCAGUUAUUAAGAACCCUUCUGAGACUGAUGCCGUCGAGUUCGUAUACCUGGAGUCGCUUCCCUGGUUCAUGAAGCCCUACCUGCACACUCUACGCGCCCGUGUCGACACUUCAUCCGAAAACCCCGUAAGGGAGACAUACUACCGCCCGGCCGUUGAUCGGCGCCGAGGCACUCAUCUCGAGCUGCGCAUGGUCAUCCCCGCUGGCUCGACCCUCACGCUCACCUACGACUUCGAAAAAGCCAUCCUCCGCUAUACCGAAUACCCUCCUGAUGCAAAUCGUGGCUUCGACGUCGCGCCCGCUGUCAUCCGUCUCCUGGCUCCGUACCAAUCCGUCGAUAAGAAGGGCAUCUACCUACGCACCACUUCUCUCCUCCUUCCUCUCCCAACGCCCGACUUCAGCAUGCCGUAUAACGUCAUCAUCCUGACCAGCACCGUCAUGGCGCUUGGCUUUGGUAAUAUAUUUAACUUAUUGGUAAGGCGCUUCGUCGGCGUAGACGAGGUUCCUGCGCUCGGCGCCGGGGGGCUGAAAGGCGUCAUAAUGGGGAAGAUAGAGAGACUAAAGGCAAAGCUUGGAAGAGCGUAGAAUCUCCUUGUUGAAGUAAUGAAACAUGUCUUGUUC